AUGCUUUCGGAACCAGAAGGUGGCAGCAUAGUACGACCUUCUUCCAUGCAGGAACUACCAUCAACAAUGCCAAACCUCGUCCCUCUGGGUUAUUCUUCCGGAAAGACGAUUCCAGCAGAUGAUUAUGAGGCUACUGGGUCAUUGAUGCCUUGGGAAGGCAGACAUGGUGCGACUGAUGUAACCGAGCAGCUUACUGAACCAUUAUCUUACAUUACCACAUCGGACGGUGAUGUUCUCAAUAAUGGCGCAUAUAAGACUUGGAUGAGUGAAACCUUGUUUCCAUCGGCAGGGUACAUCGUGGGUCUCACAGAAGAUUCCAGCAAGUCCUCCGAAAUACAUCAACUUCAAGUACCUAUGACCGAGCUGAAAGAAUAUUUACCAGACAGCUCCCUGAAGGAACCUUCAGAUGGGUCUUACCACGGACAAACGAUAGCCAAAAUCACUGCACCCAUUUCAGCAAAAGUAACCAAGGCUGAAACAAGGUCUCAUGGCAUUUCUGCUAUCCCUUCCAGGGGGAGCUUAAGUCUCAGUAGAACCUUUCAGGCAUCUACCAACUCGCAGUACGUGCUGGAGAGCCUUGGGUGGUAUGUUGCUGUCCAAACAUCUUCCUCGAGCGAUCAAAGAGUCACACAAGGUCCGUCAGCCAUACAAUAUUCCACCACAAAUCAUUCUAUCAUUUCUUCAUUACCUGUCACUUCAACUACAUUGGCUGAAAAUGAUGUUGACUUGGACGGAAGCAAAGCAUCCCGAAAUCUUUCGAAGCAAAGUCUUCAAUACAUUUUGGGGACCGUGUUCGGCGCCGGUGUGGUCAUUAUUUGCAUUGUUUAUCUACAUCGACCUUGCUACCGGUACAUGCGUCAAGCCAGGAGAGGCACAAUCCUGAUUGCGCAUGUUCCAGAGGGGGAGGACGCGAACAGACUAGUUGAUUGUCAAGGUUUAGACCGGCUGGAAGUUUCGCGUUUCUCUUUAGACUCAUAG